AUGACCGAGAAAGCAAGAAUUAAGACUACUAUUUCCUUUGACAUUCCAGCCUCCAUGAUUCAUUCUAACGAAAGUAUUUAUACUCCGCCCUUCGCGACUACAUAUGAUAUGUAUUGGCAAUUGCAUCUCAGGAAAAGUACGAAUGAUCCCAAAUAUUGUACCCUAACCCUUAAUGCCAUACCAAAUUCCGAUGAGAAU